UUUCUAAAGUCUUUUGCUGAGUUCUUUUCUUGAUUUGUUAACAUGUAGAUUUAAAGUUGAUUUCAUCUAAUUAUUUGGAUUAUUAUCAGAAAAUUGUUUCUCAAUAUUCUAGAGUUCAUGGUAAGAAACUUUUCAACUAGUAAUGAGACCAUUGAUGAGAGACAAGACAGGACCGUAUAAUCUAGCUGUGUGUUUUGUACUCAUGAACAUUCUCAAUUUUUUUGUCUUGAAGAUUAAUGAUUUACACCUGUAAACUAGUUAUAUGAAAAGGAUUGAUUAUCUAAACUAGGUGAUCCAAUCCACACAAAUAAAAAAACAUGGUUGUCAACUUCCACCAUAUGAAAGCGAGAAAAAAGGGGGAAGGUGUUUGUUGAGGUUGGCACAAAUACUUGUAGGUCAUUCUGUGUCCAUUUUUAACAACUCUGAUGAUUUUUGCUGAUUUCUGUAUAUACUGUAUGCAGAGUCUAGCGCUUUACAGGCAAAAAUUGGAUGAUAUGCUUCAGUGAAUUUUGAGAAGGGCAGAGGACUACCACUACCCUUAAUUCUUCAUCUUGGAUGGAUCUUUGCAUAUGUUACAAAACAAUUGAAGCAGGUGAGUACUACAAGAGUUCAUGGAUUCUUUUUGUGCAAUGUUGUGGAUGCACAACCACAGCGACAAGUUUUUUGUGUCACAGAGUCGUAUACCUUCUUAUUUUUCGACAUGUAUACUACAUACAAGAGAAGGUUUUUGUUUUCCCCUUUCUUAAUAAACGGACAACAAAUUGUGAAGAAAAAGACCCACAAUGUACAUUUUAGCAUUGCAAGUCUGUUAAAGGCAUCAUGAGGACAUUGCAUUGUUGCUGUGACUUCUUAAAAUGGGAUAAUAUAUGUGACCAAUUCAUCUUUUCCCGCGUUUUCUUAAUUUUGGAUUCCAUUUUGUUUCGAGUGAACUAAUGAAUGAAUUCUAUAUCCGACCCAAUUUUGGAAUGACAAAGGCCAAUACCACCGCCACCGGCGGCGGCGGCGGCAGCGGCGUCACUUCUCCUGAAAACUCCGUCAAGAAUGACAAGAAAAAGAGGGUAUUCUCCCCUUCUUCUAAAUUUACCAUUUUUCUUGUUCUUCUUCGUAUUUCCUGUGAUGGAUUCGGAGAAGAAGAUAUCAUCAAGGGGAAAAGGGUUCCUGGAGGACGUGCCUUCCUUUAUGAGAAAAAGUUUCUCAGGCAGACGAGUGCAGGGAUAGAAGGCCUAAACCUCUCCAAUUUUGAGCAAUCUAUGGCACAGACAACUGAAAUUCGAGAGAUCCGGAUAUUUGUUGCUACAUGGAACGUGGGAGGGAAGACACCCAACUAUGAUCUGAACCUAGAAGAUUUCUUGCUAGCAGAUGGCUCUGCUGACAUAUAUGUCUGUGGGUUUCAGGAAAUUGUUCCUCUCAGUGCUGGAAAUGUACUAGUAAUUGAAGACAAUGAGCCUGCAGCGAAAUGGCUGGCACUUAUAUGUCAAGCACUUAACAAGGCACAUCAUGACUCCGUCUACUCUUCUCCAGUAUCAGGCCCUACUUCAAAAAACCCAUGUACCAACAACUUUAAGGAUUCAAAACAUAAUAACUUCUUCCACAAACCUUCUCUCAAACUCAUGUGCAAGAGUUUCAGGGCAGAUACUAGCCUUCUCAAAACUUGUAACUGUCCAGUUGAUUCAACAACUCAGGACAGUCGGAGGCUAAUAAAGCUAAGUGAUUUUGCAACUAGACUAGACCUCAGUUCCCUUCCAAUGCGUAAUGAUGGUAUUGCUGAGUAUUUGCUUUCGCCUUCUGGUAUGUCCAAUCCGUAUUCACCUAGACAGAUGAGUUACUGCCUUAUAUCUAGCAAGCAAAUGGUUGGAAUUUUCCUCUCAAUUUGGGUUCGGAAAGAGUUAAUUCCAUACAUUGGCCAUCUCAGAGUCUCCUCUAUAGGAAGAGGGAUAAUGGGAUGUCUUGGCAACAAGGGAUGUAUAGCAAUAAGCAUGACUUUGCACCAAACAAGCUUUUGCUUCUUGUGCUGUCACCUGGCUUCUGGUGAGAAGGAAGGAAAUGAGCUCAAGAGGAAUGCUGAUGUUACCGAGAUCCUCAAGAACACACAGUUUUCCAAAAUCUGCAAGGGUUCGAACUGUCUAGCCCCAGAAAAAAUAAUUGACCAUGACCGAGUGAUUUGGUUUGGUGAUUUAAAUUAUCGAGUAAGUUUGAGCUAUGAAGAUGCACUGGUGCUUUUGGAGAAUAAUGAUUGGGACACCAUGCUGGCAAAAGAUCAGUUAAGAAUUGAGAGAGAAGCAGGAAGAGCAUUUACUGGUUUCAAAGAGGGACGGAUACUCUUUGCUCCUACUUACAAGUAUUCCCAUAAUUCAGACUCAUAUGCUGGAGAGAAUGUUAAAUCCAAGAAGAAACGGCGAACUCCUGCAUGGUGUGACAGGAUACUAUGGCGUGGGCAGGGCAUUGAGCAAUUAUCUUACAUUCGUGGAGAGUCAAGAUUGUCUGAUCAUAGGCCUGUUUGUGCUGUUUUUUCAGUUGAGGUUGAAGUAAGAAGUAAAACUAGCAACAGAUUCAGAAAAGGUUAUUCGUGCAUGGGCGCAAGACUGGAGUAUGAGGAUUGCAUUCCUCAAAGGCAUAGCUUUUAUGAGUUCUAACCAACUAGAAGCUAAACAAACUGUAUAUUUCUUUAGAUCAAAGAAUUCUCAUCUGUAUUCCUAAACUGGUUUUCCUUUUUCUGAAUGCAUUGCAAGAAAGGGCAAUGCUUCGCGGCUUACCAGAAGAGUAUCUACUGAUGUAAUGAAGCCUUGUUACAAGAAUAUAGAUAGAAAAACUAAUAUUGCCAUCAUGAAAAUAGAAAAUUGAGACUGCA